AGGAACUAAACAAGGCCUGAACACAAGAGAAGGGGAAGCGAAGCAACCCGGCCAAACUUAUGAACAGAAGUCCACGUUUCGCUGAAAAUCUGACGUGUGAUACCAAAUGCAUUCGUUGUUUCGUACUUCGCAUCUGCACAUGCCAUUCUGCUACUUUCAUGCCAAAGACGUAUAUAGUUGUGCUUGUGCAGUACGAUCAUUGUUCAUUCAUCCUUCUGGGUAUCAAAAUUCAAGCAUGGGCGUGUAUUGGUACUGAGAGUUUUCCUCCACGCGUUUGACUUGGCUUGGCGACCUACAUAUAAGAUCCACCCGUCCGUGUGGCCGUGUAGCUCGCUGACUAGCGCAGCAGCAGAGUUUCGCUCCUCAUUCUCCUACCUGCUUCUGUUCACGUUCGUACCGUGCACCUUGUGGUUGGCCAUGAGGAGCACCACCGUCUUCCCGGCUACGACGUCGUCGUCGGGCGAGGAGGGGUCGUCGCCGCUGGUGGCACCGGCGAUGGAGGAGAUCACCGAGGAGGGCAGGACGCCAGGCAAGGAUGGCGCCGCCCUGAUGGUGGCGCGGACAGAGAGGUGGCUGUCUUCGUCGCCGGGGACGACGGUGCUGCGGACGAGCGGCGUGCGAUCGGUCAUGGUCGGCUUCGUCCUUCUUGCCUUGCUGCUUGGCGCGCGUAGAUGGACCGGCCUCGACGCUCCGUCUCUGAUAGGGAACACGGUCAGCAUCGGCGCCAGGCAACGGCGUCGCCACCACAUCGACUCUACGUCGCCGCUCCUACAGAUACCAUUCACCUGCGGCAACGAGACGUCCCCGCACCCGCAUCCACCGAAAUGCCCUGGGACACCAGCACUGCCGCCACCGUCGACGCCGCCGCCACUGCCCGGCGACGACCCGGCACCGUCGUGCCCGGACUACUUCCGGUACAUCCACGACGACCUCCGGCCGUGGCGCGGCGCCGGGAUCACGCGGGAGGCGGUGGAGCGCGCGCGGCCGCACGCCUACUUCCGGCUGGUGGUCGUGGGCGGGCGCGCGUACGUGGAGACGUACCGGCGCGCGUACCAGACCCGGGACGUGUUCACGCAGUGGGGCGUCCUGCAGCUGCUGCGCCGCUACCCGGGCCGCGUCCCGGACCUGGACAUCAUGUUCGCCUGCGACGACCCGGGCCAGGUGCGCGCCGCCGACUUCCCGACGACGCCGUCCGACGCGCCGCCCGUGUUCCGGUACUGCAAGGACGCCCUGACGCUCGACAUCGUGUUCCCGGACUGGUCCUUCUGGGGCUGGCCGGAGGUCGGCAUCCGGCCGUGGCCGCAGCUGCUGGAGGAGGUCAGGCAGGAGAACGAGCGCGUGCGGUGGCCGGUGAGGCAGCCCUACGCGUUCUGGAAGGGCAACCCCGAGGGCUACCGCAUACGCCACGAGCUCAUGAGAUGCAACGCCUCCAACGGCCAAGAAUGGAAUGCCCGCCUCUUCACCCAGAACUGGCAUUAUGCAAUUCAAAACGGGUUCAAAGAUUCGAGAAUACCUAAGCAAUGCAUUUACAGGUACAAAGUUUACGUGGAGGGGAAUGCGUGGUCGGUGAGCGAGAAGUACAUCCUGGCGUGCGACUCGCCGGUGCUGUUCGUCAACACGCCCUUCCAGGACAUCCUGUCCAGGGGGCUCGUCGCCGGCAAGCACUACUGGCCCAUUAAUCGGGAGCACAUCUGCAAAUCCAUCAAGUUUGCCGUGGACUGGGGCAACGAACACCCAGCGCAGGCGCAGCUCAUCGGCGAGCAGGGCAGCCAGUUUGUGAGGGAGGAGAUGAGCAUGGACUACAUCUAUGACUACAUGCUGCACCUGCUCACCGAGUACGCCAAGCUGCUCAGGUACAAGCCCACUGUGCCGGAGAAGGCCGUGGAGAUCUGCACAGAAUCUAUGGCCUGCCCUGCCCAGGGCAUGCACCGAGACUGCAUGAUGGACUCCAUGGAGAGGCAAGUCGCAAGCUUCAACCCAUGCACACUGCCACCACCAUUCACCCCUGAGGAGGCCAAGGAAAUAGCCGACAGGGAGGCGGAGGUGCUCAGGAAGGUAGAGAAGAUGGAGGGCUAGGCGGCUAGCUAGCUGAAAUCUGACACC